AUGAGGGUACGUAUGCUUUCCUUUCACCUCAGUGGAUCUGCUUAUUCCUGGUAUAGAUGCGUAAUUAACAAUAAUAUUCAAUACACUUGGGAGAAUUUUUUGGAUGCUUUGUUGAUAAGAUUUGGCCAGAAUCAAUUUUAUGACCCUAAGGCAACUCUUAAGGAGCUAAAACAAACUUCUACGGUGGCUGAAUAUCAGAAUCAAUUUGAAGAAUUGUCCAAUCAAGUGACUGGAUUGAGUGAAGAAUGGUUAAUUUCGCUAUUUGUGGCUGAGUUGCAUGAUCAUCUAAAGUGUGAGUUACUCUUAGCCAAACCAACUUCAUAUGUCACCGCAACUUUGUUGGCACGACUGCAUGAGCAGAAACUUGCAGCUGCUGCACCCCUUUAUCAUAAAUCACCCACAACCCAUACCUCUCAACCUUUACACCUUACACCAAACAUUGUCACCCAACCACACACCAUUCGCAAUUCUGCCCAAAAAAAUAAUUCACCAUCUACCAUGCCUCCCUCAUCAAACACCACCACACAAACACCUAACUUACCAAAUCCUAACCCACCCUUUAGGAAACUCACGGCAUCCGAAAUUAAACUGAAAAGAGAAAAGGGCCUUUGUUAUCAUUGUGAAGAGAAGUGGUCUCCGGGGCACCGUUGUAAGACCUCUUGCUACCGUUUAAUAGGAGAAGAGGAGUGGCAAGAAAUAUUGAAAGAACCUGAACCAGAGGUAAUCCAGUCACCCAAGAUUGACAGUCCCAUUGUUGUUGAACCUAUGAGACUCGAGAUUAGCUUUAAUACUAUGGUCGGCCAACACCAACCGACUACUUUUCGACUGAAAGGAACAUACAAAGGGCAAACGGUUAUGGUUCUUAUCGAUGGCGGUAACACUCAUAAUUUUGUUAAGGCGAGAGUGGCUGAGAAAUUAGAGUUUCCGAUCAAGCAAACAGUACCUCUACAGGUACUAGUGGGUAAUGGUGAUAUUAUAGGGUGCAGGGCCUUGUGUGAAGAUGUUCCGCUGGUCAUGAAAGGGUACCAAUUUAAUGUGAGCACUUUUGUUUUGGAAUUACAAGGAGCUGAUGUAGUUCUCGAAGUCCAAUGGCUAAUGUAUUUAGGGUAUGUUACUACCCAUUAUGGACUACUAACAAUGGAAUUCAUUGUCAACAAUACAGCUGUUAAGCUACAGGGUGAACGGCUACUACAAUUUGAAGCCAUCAGCAAUAAGAUGUUGCAAAAAAUGGUCUUUUCGGAGGUGGUGACUACACUUUAUCAUAUGAAAAUGGUGACUAACCAAGAAGACACAGUGGCUGCCCAGGUCACUGACGAGGUGCAACAGAUUUUAAACACCCAUGAAGAGGUUUUUGCCGAGCCCUCCCGACUGCCGCCAUAUCGAGAGAUUGAUCAUAAAAUCCACCUAGUACCAGGGUCACAACCGGUUAGUGUUCAACCAUACAAGUACCCUCAUUUUCAGAAAGAACAGAUGGAACGAUUAGUGGCUGAAAUGCUAGAAACAGGGGUUAUUAGGGAAAGUCAGAGCGCCUACUCGAGCCUGGUGUUGUUGGUUCGCAAGAAGGAUGGUAGUUGGAGAUUUUGUGUAGACUACCGGGCCCUAAAUGCAAUCACCAUCAAAGAAAAGUUUCAUAUUCCCACUAUUGAAGAGAUACUAGAUGAGUUGUUUGGUGCAGAAUUUUUUUCCAAAAUUGACCUAAGAACAAGAUGCCACCAGAUUCGUAUGAGCGAAGAUACUAUUCCUAUGAUGGCUUUUUAG